UGAAUGUAUAUGGCAAGCGUUCAGCUACACUGUCGCACUCUUGAGUGCGAGCAGGGAGCGCGGGUGUAGAAUCGCGAACUGCAACAGAACUGCAAACAAUUGGCCUCUAAGAAAGCCAGUUUGGCUGACAAGGUCAAUCGUUUGCAGAGCUCGGAGAUGGUGAACCGAGCGGCGUCAGCAGAAAGCUGAGAUGACAAGUUGGCCCGUAAGGUCAAUGAGUUGAGAGAAGAGUUGGAAAAGGCUCAAGCAGAGAGGGAGAGCAGCAUUAAGGCUGCAAAGGAAGAGGUCGGCCGUGCAGAAGAUCGGGCCAGGAAGGCCAAGUCUGACAGAGAGAAGACUCUAUAUGAGCUGAACGCCCUGAAAGAGAGGGUCAUUGAGGCCGACCUGCACGUCGCCCGGGCUGAGGCGUCCUUAGAGAAGACAAAGAGGGUCCAUCAGCGUGAUGUCUGCUUUGCCCGUGCAUAAGGGGCUGAGUGGCUGGUGGGAGCAGAUAUGUUCCAAGACGCCGUCGUAGUUGCCUCAGCCAACACCACCACAGACAUUUUCAAUGAAGUUCGUGGAAAGGUGCUGCGACACCGGGCUGACUUCCUAAUAGGCGAGCUGGCCUUGUUUGAGGGUGAGGACAUUGAUGAUGAAGGGAAGAGCCUCGCCCCUCCAGUUGACACACGGGUGAGGCUGAAAUGGGAACUCAACGAAGAGGAGUUGCCCGUGUGGCCCCUUUCUGUUGCUGAAGAAAGGGAGGACAUGGAGGGGUUGCCAAGCUUUGAUGCUUGGGUGGCAAACCUCUAAGAUGUGCCUGCUGAGCCUUCCAGCACUCCCCCAUUUUCUCAGCCUGCCCCGGCCGCUGCUCCUGCUCUCUCUCCUCCAGAUCGGUCAUCUCUAGCUCGAUCUGCUACUGCGCCCACUGACGCAUCCAUCCCUGUCAACUUGACGGAUGAUUAGCUUAGGAUUUUCGUUGUUUUUUUCAUAUUAUUUUUUGUAUUUUUGUGUAGAUCAAUGAACUCAUUCACAAUAU